GUCGGCGACCAAAUUCGGGUUCGCUAUGGCGGAAAUCGGGCUCUCACAUUCCACUAAAGCUGGUGGAUAGUUCGAAGAAAGAUGUAGGGAAACUCUAUUCAGGUCGACCUCUUGUAUUUUUUUUGUUUUUUGUUUUCGCGUAUGCGGCGUUUUCAAUCACAUGUUGUAGAAUGUGAACAUGCGGAGCCCUACGUUCAGAGCAAGCAGGUGGGAUAAAGCGGUGCUUCGACCUGGUGGAGGCUUCAGGCUGCGAUCAGGGUUUGUUUGCUGCGGCAUCGGAUGGAUUGCGAUCCGGUGGGAGUAGAGGAAUGCGUUGCGAAAGAGGCUGAGCAGAGGAUGAAGGAGGAUGGCGAGAACGCUGGAGAUGGUCUGCAUUCCUCCAAACGCCUCCGCCUCUCAAUUCUGCGAUCUCAGAGCAGAGGGCUGUCUCGUAGUCCUUCUGAUUCAGCGGGUCCUUCUCAUGGCGCGUCAACUUCUUCUACUGUGAAUUUGCCCUCUAUCUCCUACAGUGGUGUGCAAGCAGGAAAUGCUGUCGACGUCCCAGAGUCCAGCAUUCAAGCAGAGCCUACUUCAUCGAGUGAGUGCUUCGUUAAUCGCUCUUUUGGACGCAGCCUUGAAAACAUCUCCUUUCUUGAGGCUGACAAUGAUUCUGCUCUCAGCAAUGUAGAAAACUCAGCCAAUGUCACUGACAUUUGCCAUCUUCACACCGUUCAGCAACCAACUGCAGCAGGCUGUGGCCUACAAGAUGUUCCCCGCGAGUUUGUGGAUGGCAUUGCAAAUCAAGAUGAAGGGUAUCAUGAGAGGCGGCUUCAAGUUGGAACAAACCCCAGCAUGGAGAGUAUUGUCGUUGAGCCGGGUGCUGAGGUGCCUGUAACGAGUGGCGAGCCUGUUGGGUCACGUCAUGAACACGAUGACGCACAUCCAUCUGGAGAAGAGCAGGCUGAUGAUAGAGUGCAGGGUGGUGAGGUCUCAGGAGACGGCUCAAGUAAUGAACUGCAACCGGAAACUAUCUUUUCAAGAUCUCCGGAGACGGAAGCAGAGCUGGAGCAUCGUCCAUUCUUACAACAAGUUGAGGCGCUUUCUCCCAACGGGGUGUCAUUUGGCCAAUCCGAAAUUCCACUCUUGGAGCGUGAGUAUACAGACGCUCCAGAAACUAGUCCCCAGGUUGUGGACGCCCGUGACAUUGAGGGCCCAACAGUAGAUGCUGAAGCAGGCAACCAAGUCGUUGAGGUGUUAGAGAUUUCUGAUGAUAAUGGGGAAGCUGAAUCAGUGGAUCCAGCACUCACGGCCUCAGCAUUUGCAGAACCGAGGCAGACACCUGAAGAUUAUGAUGCUUUUGCGCCCGAGCCUCGAUCUUCGCCCAGAGCUCCUUCUGUGGGAGCAGAAACUUCUAGAGGCGAGCACGUUAACACCCAAUUAGACUCAGAGGGCACUACAUGUCCUAUCUGCAUGGAGCCAUGGACGAGCACGGGCAAUCAUCGCAUCUGCUCCUUAGCGUGUGGACAUCUGUUCGGGAAGUCUUGUAUCAAGCGCUGGUUGAAGCUGACUGGCAAGAAACAAGGCAAGUGCCCACAUUGCAACAAAAGGGCAAGAAUAGAGGAUCUUCGAACAUUGUAUGUUCCUCGGCUUGCCGUUAUGGAUGAAGAGGGCCAGGAAUACAUGCUGGAAGCUUGUUCACUGCGCACUGAGAACGAGCAGCUAAAGCAGCAGGUUGCCGACCUACGACAAGAGGUUCGUCGCACUCAGGCCCUGCUUAGAGCUUUAGCUCCAGAUCAGGAUGAUGCUUUUAGUAUGUUCGGGUCUUCGGCUCUGAGGCCUCAGGACCUGCGAGGUCAUCAUACACCUCUAAGUAGGAGAUCCGUCACAGCUCAACAUGUUUCACGUCCACAUCAUCACAGAGCUCAUGGGAGUGCGAACUAUGAUCAUUCUAGUCGUCAAAGUGGGCGGCCAAUUUCGGAAAGGCCACAGUUUGAGCACUUUCCAUUUGUGAGAAGUGGGGAGGAGUCCUCAUCACGGCCAAUUCCACAAGAUCAGCAAAACUGGAGGCGAUUUGAUGCAACAAAUUCAGUAAGGGCGGGCUCUCAUGCAGGGAUGAUUGUAGACCUUGAACAACGGAGAGAGGAAAACAAUGCAUCAAGACCACUGCGUUCCUUCACAUCUUAUAACUCAGCAGGCAGUCACGGCCUUGAAAAGGGUUUUGUUUUACAGGAUCAACGGUCGUUACAUGGAGCAAAAGUCUUCGAUAUGGAUGCUCAGAGUCAAUUGCUCCUUGUCUCUGGGAAACCACCUGAUAGCGCGACCAGCUCUGCUUUAACAAAAAUGAGUUUAGUGGAUCUAUCUGAAGGUGACUGUGUGAAUCUUCCCUUCGGCACGGGUGCAAUUCGUGACAUCCGCAUUGCUCCUGCUGGCACAAGAGCACCAGGAAGACUGGCUUUGGUGGCUUCUCUGGGGAAAAAGCUUUCCAUAUUCAGUUUGGAAAGCAAUAACGUCGUCAUAGCGUAUACACUUCCGAAGCCGUCCUGGGCAUGCGCAUGGGAUCCGUGCGACCCUAAUCGAGUAUACACUGGUCUACAGAAUGGAACAUUGCUUACCUUCGACAUGCGUCAAACUUCGUCACCGUUGUAUACUCUCGAGGGUCUGAGCUCCACUCCAAUACACACUUUACAAUAUGUUCCUGAAAGCAGGACAAUCACUGACGAAAGUGGUACAGGCGGGGGACGGGGUCUAUUGAGCGCGUCUUCCAGUUCACUCCUUUUCUGGCCAGGCAUCGAUAAACCACACGUAAAAAGACCAGUGUGUUUGUCUCAACCAGGAGGCUCAUCCAUAUGUGUGUCGGUCGCAUACAGCGCCGCUGCCGACUUGAUGGUCGCAUCCUUAAGACCUAAGCCAGCAACAGUCGGCUUCAACGAUGGCGCAUCUUCUUCCACUCCAUCGACAUAUUCACAAGUAGACAUCCCCGCUCAACCUACUUCAUGCUUACUUCCCGAACCAUCUGUCAGUGUACUCGUCCCGACGCACUUGUCCUUCGUCCGAACACGGAGGCAGCCAGAACAGACACUGUGGGAGCAACAGCAAGGUGCAAUGGUGGGGCACAAGAGCCAGGCGGUAUUGUCCAGGACUGCAAUUGUGAAUGCAUGGACGGGCAGGCACCCAUCACAGAACGAUGGAGGCUGCUUGUUUGCCUCCGGGGACGAAGGCAGCAACUCCGUGUGGCUGUGGGAUCUCGGAACCCCGACGGCGAAGCAGAUGCUUACCUCGCAUCCAUAUUCGCCAGUGCUGGACAUUCGAACAACGCAUGUUGCAGGGGUGGAUCUGCUGGGGUGCAUCAGUGAGCGAACGCUACAGCUCUACAGAAGAAUACCCGAGUAAUUUUGAUCUUAUGUCGUUAUUUUUAUCUUUAAUUUUUUUACAAAAAAUUAGUUGCAAGGACUGUACUCAUUUCAUCAUUUUGUGAGAGAACAGGUCUUAUGUACCGUGCAGUAUGUUUUUCUCGAAGUGCUUUAUAAGCGAAGUAGUGCGUCCAAGUUUGCUUUGAUUAUGUUAUUCGGAAACAUCGACUGACUCUGGAAUAAAUAUGGAAAGCAUUGAGCUUGCUACACACUA